AUGGCAACCAAACCACCAACCCUGGCAGAAGUCGCCCAGAACAGGAACGCAGUCAAACUAGCCCGGGACCAACGAAUAAUCCAAUCAUGGCUCCCACCAGCAACAGCGACGGGGGAAAGCACAGUCACGACUCAAGAGACGUACGACAAUGACCAGGACUUCUCGGGCAUGAUGGACGAGCUAGGCGGCAUAGGCAGCAAACGCAAACUCGCCGACGAAGACGAUAUCUUAGGUGGCUUGAAAAGGACCAAAGUGGCUCGGGACGACAAGCUAUUAGAGCGAUUGAUUGGAAGGAAAGGUGCAGAGGCGAAGAAGAAGGAAUCACUGCAUGUCGCUUCGAAGCCCAAAGCCGUGAUAGUGAAGCCCGUGAGGACCGUGGAGGAGAGUGAUGAUGAAGAGGAAGGGGGGCGAGCAGGCGCAUUCAAGUCCAAAAGACGGAAGGAAGUGGCCGUAGAGCGUGAGCCCAUUGCAGAGCCUGAUGAAGAAGGUUCCGCCGAUGAGGAGACUCGAGCAGCGAGUAUGGCGAAGACAGCAGCGGCACCUGUCAUCACAAACCCAACCAAAUCCAAGACGACCAGCUACCUCGACGAAAUGCUCAGCCAGCGCGCCAGCAAGAAGAAGAAGAAGAAGAAGGGAAAAAAGAAGGAUGUCGUUCCAAUUGACUGA